UCUCAUUGUCGUGUUGUUAUCGCUUGAUUCCAACAUACAAUUAUUUAUAUUUAUUUUCCACUUUUCACAAUGUUAGACGACGUGAAACGUGUCAUACUGGUAUUGUCGGGAAAAGGCGGUGUGGGAAAAUCUACUGUGAGCACUCAGCUGGCUUUAACAUUGAAGGAAAGAGGUUAUAAGGUUGGACUUCUAGACGUCGACUUAUGCGGUCCCAGUGUGCCUUAUUUACUGAAUCUUGAGAACCAGAGCGUCCACCAAGGGCCUCAGGGAUGGGUGCCCGUGUACACAGACACAGAACAGAGGCUCGGGGUCAUGUCCAUAGGCUUCCUGUUAAGUUCUCGCAAUGAUGCGGUAGUAUGGAGAGGGCCAAAGAAGACCUCCAUGAUUAAGCAGUUUUUGGAGGAUGUGCAGUGGCAGGAGCUUGAUUAUCUUGUUAUAGAUACUCCACCUGGCACGUCAGAUGAGCACAUAACAGUGAUGGAGAACUUGCGGCAAGUGCCCCAGUGUUCCGCCAUAUUGGUGACCACUCCGCAGCAAGUCGCCAUUGAGGAUGUCAGGAAGGAAAUCACUUUCUGCAGAAAGACUGGUAUUCCCAUUACGGGAAUCAUUGAGAAUAUGAGUGGCUAUGAAUGCCCAAACUGCAGCGAAUGCACAAACAUCUUCUCCAGCGGGGGUGGGAAGUCCCUAGCCGAGUAUGCCAAGAUCCCUUUCCUCGGCAGUGUACCGAUUGACCCACGAGUGGGCAAGCUGGCCGGGCAGGGGCUGGCCGCAGUCACAGAGCUCCCAGACUCUACUACUAGCAAAGUGUUUGAUGAGUUGGUGAGGACGCUAGCACAGAAUGAUAGGGCAUAGAAAAUGGUUUAUGUGAAAUAAUAAACUAGGUAUAAAUAUUAUUUGGAAAUCUUACACAAUAGGCUAGUUUCCUAUACUCAAAAUAUUUUCUGCAGUGCACGACAUAAAGCGCCAUAUAAUUAGAAGACAAAUAUGGACAGAAGUUAUGUUUUCAUAAUUUCUAUUUAAUAAGUCAAAGAGAAAGAUAUAAAGUUAAUUAAUUGACUGUGACGUCACUCAGUAUUUUUAUAGUAAUUCUAUAUUAGCAAAUUGUUUAGACAAAAAGAAGCUGAUUUGACUAGUAGGAAACUAGCCUAUUGAACCUCAGAUAGUAAACUCAAUAAGGCUUGUAUUGUAUUAUACAUAAACCUUAGAGUAAAAGUUGUAAAGCAUAGAUAACCAUAGACUCAAAGCAAAACUUUCGAGACCAUUCCUUAGGUUUUUUAGAUAUUGUAAUGUAAAUAAAACCAACUUCGAAAACACAAUGACAUUUAUUACGCAACUACAAACAUAAUAUGUAAAUUUGAAAGACAUUGAAUUGUAUAUAAACAUUAUAAAAUACAUAUUUUUUUCUAACAUCAAUAUUUUAUUAAUUUAUUAUAUAAAAGAUGUAUAUAAAAAUGUACACAUGAAGACACUUAGAUAUACCUAAACCUUGACUUGUUAAGAUGAGGUUUACUUUGGCAUGUGUCUUCAUUGGUUCACAUUUACCCUGAUAUUGUAUGAUUUGGCUUGUUAUCGUUACAAAUAAAUUGACUAAAGAUCAA